AUAUCGUCUAUUUAUAUCAUUACUUAAUUGCAACAGAACCAGACGCUGUGUCUUUGCUGUAUUGCCUGUGUUAGGAUAUACAAUGGUUCAUUUAAGCGAUAUGAAGAAACCAAUUAAUUGUACGGUGAUCGGGGAUGGAAUGGUGGGGAAAACUUGCCUGUCGGAGGUUUUCUCUGGACUAAGCAUGCCCCAGGAGUACGUGUCCACCGUGUUUAAUAAUUACGCCGGGAACUCCACCGUGGGAGGGGACAAAUAUGUGGUCAGCGUCUUUGAUUCUGCAGGAGAGCAUGAAUACACGGAGCUGAGGUCCUUCAGUUACAAAGACAGCGAGGUCCUUCUCCUCUGCUUUUCAGUCUCAGACAGGGACUCGUUUGAGAGCAUUAAGGAAUUCUGGGCACCUGAAGUCAAAGACUUUCUGGGAAAACGUGUUCCUAUUAUCGUAGUGGCCACCCAGACUGAUACCCGCUCUACCCUGGGGGGAGUCAGCGUCAGUAAUGAUGAGGGCCAUAAAAUGGCCAAAGAAAUCGGCGCCGAUCGGUACGUCGAGUGUUCGUCUUCAGACAUGGAAAGUGUACAGAGAGUGUUUGAGAACGUUGUGCUCACAGCUUUGAAACAGAGAAAGAAGAUGGGGAAUAUUUUCCGCCGAGUGCUCGGACGCUGAACUUUAUAGAAAUUUAACUUUGGUUUUAUUUCGAAGACGUAUACCCCAUGCGUCUGUUUUAUAAGACUCUCGCUGUACUGAGAAAGUGCUGGUCAAGGACUCGGGUGUGUGUUACCCAAGUAGGGAAAACGCUGAUAAGACCGUCAUUCAAAGGACAAUUUGCAACAACCUUUGGACUGGCUUGGAACUGACCCAAGCAAUGUGUCCUUAUUUGACCAAAUGUGCCGUGCUGGACUUAGAACACUCGCACUUAUUUUAAGGUGUGGACUUGGUUUUUCCAUUACCGUAUACUAGUUCCUGGUAAAUGAGAAAGAGGAGCCAUGCAUAGACUUGAUAAUGUUGUGAAGACAUUUAAAUCAAUAUCCAUCGUAAACAUCAGUUGAUUCAUAUAAUAUAUACUUCUGUAUGAUUUUGAAUAAAUAAUACAUUUGAUAGAA